AUGAAUAUUGAAAACCACUAAUAGCACUAAAUGUAAAAGAGAAUAAAGGAAAGAUUUGUAUAUGAGGCCAAAUUCUUAGUCGACUAAUGGCGGUAAGAGUAAUCUUUAUCCACUAGAUUGAUAUUUGAAUAGAGACACUUUUAAGAUGGAAAAAUGAUCAAGUACACUCUCGACCAAGCUGCAGAAAUAGUAGGAGUUUCAAGAAAAACUUUAGAAGACUAUUAUUAUUGCUUGAAAAAAGCUGAGAAAAUAAGUAAGCAAUUUAACUUAGAGAGUAGUUGA